AUGAAGUCGUACAUUCAUGAGAUGUUUAAGGCUUCAUUCACUUCCUUAGCGCUUGAGGAGAAUCUCCUCGCAUAUCUGAAUCCAGGUCUUUCACAUGGUCCUACUCCUACUGCUACUCCUAGUCCUCAUGUUGGUGCUACGGCUUCAACUCAUACUCCGACUGAUGCUCCUGGUGCAGCUACGGCUUCCACUUUCACCACUCUUGGUGCAACUCCGGCUUCGACUCUCAUUCCUGAUCCUUCUAGCAGCAGAGCUCCUGCUUCUUCACACAGUGGAGGUUAUCCUCAAACUGGUGGUCCUUCAAAUGCUGCCAAGAGAAGGUCAAAGUCAAAGGGUGAUGUUAACACUCAGGUUUCUUUCUCUGCGAAUUCGUGGGAAUCUAGAAACAAAAUCACAAUGUCCAUUUUGUCAACGUCGUCUGCUCAAAAACUUGAGUAUCAUCUAUUUAAAUGGAUUGAUGAAGCUUUGAUUGACGAGAUACGAAUGGUGGAUGAAAAAUAUGAGAGGGUUGCUGAAGGGAUUACUAAGUUUCAAGAAAGAGUUAUGGAAAAGGUGAAGUCCGAGAUGGUUAGAGUGGAACAUGAGAUAUCGAAAAGGCUCAAUGAUAAGGUGAACUUGGAGAUUGCUAGAGUUUCUUAG